AUGGCGACCACCCUGCUCCCCGAGACUGCCCAAAAGCGUUCCAAGGGUGGUCAGCCGUUACGUGGCUUUGAAGAUGAGAAAUUUAGCUUCAUUGCUGUCAGACGAGGACAAAGACCACAGGAAUCUUGGCCUCUUGAUGGUCUGAAUUUUGAGACUUUGAAGGAGCAACAGGCUAAACGGAGCCCUGAAGAUCUUGAAAUUGACCUGGAGGAGCUAAAUAGCUCGCAGCAAGCUGACCUCAUUCCAUUUGAAGAACCGGAUCCAGUUAACUAUGAUUCUGAUGUUAUGGAAACUGAUGUUGCUAAUGAAAAUGACGAAGAGGAGGAAGAUGAAACAGGUCAUGCUGAUCUUGGGGGUGGUUGGGGCAGGAUUAUCUAUAUGCCUGUACGAAGGGGCAAGCAGGUUACAAUGGAUGUUUGUCGAUCAACCAAACGGGAUGGUUCGGAAGGCGAGCUUCAGCGGGUGGUUGUGACAAAGAGUAAGAACCCUGCACUACAUCAACAGGCCCGAAAGUCUAUCUGGGGGGACUUAUGGCCCUUCUGAAGAUAAAUAUCUGUACCUCUUCGCGCUGUAACCACUAUGUAUACGAAACUAUGUUGUUAUGUUCAAUGAGCCUUUAAUUUGUUCUUCU